CCCAGCCGAGCGCCGCGCGCCGUCAACUGCAGCCCGCGGUCCCUCGCCUUCGCCGGCCCGCCCGCUCACCCCGCGGCCCCGCCGCUCGAAACUCCCGAAAACCUCCGCAGCCGCGCGUCCCGUCGCGCCCGGUCUGAUUACUAGAAGAUGGCGAAGGCCAGCCACAGCAGCUAUGUCCUUCAGCAGCUCAACAACCAGAGAGAGUGGGGUUUCCUCUGUGACUGCUGCAUUGCUAUCGACGACAUUUACUUCCAGGCACACAAAGCGGUCUUGGCUGCCUGCAGCUCCUAUUUUAGAAUGUUCUUCAUGAACCAUCAGCACAGUACUGCACAGCUGAAUCUCAGCAACAUGAAAAUAAGCGCUGAGUGUUUUGAUCUCAUUUUGCAGUUCAUGUAUUUAGGAAAGAUUAUGACUGCUCCUUCCAGUUUCGAGCAGUUCAAGGUGGCAAUGAACUACCUACAGCUGUACAACGUUCCUGACUGCUUAGAAGACAUACAGGACGCAGACUGUUCUAGUUCAAAGUGUUCAUCUUCCGCUUCAAGCAAACAGAACAGCAAGAUGAUCUUUGGGGUGAGGAUGUAUGAAGACACGGUGGCGAGGAAUGGCACCGAAGCCAGCAGGUGGUGUGCAGAGCCCAGCUCAACGGUGAAUACACCACAUAACAGAGAGCCCGACGAAGAAUCUUUACAGUUAGCCAGUUUUCCUGAGCCAAUAUUUGAUGUGUGUAAAAAAAGCUCUGUGUCCAAGUUAUCUACUCCAAAAGAACGUGUAUCACGACGCUUUGGGCGGAGUUUUACCUGUGAUAGUUGUGGGUUUGGCUUCAGCUGUGAGAAGUUACUAGACGAGCAUGUGCUGACCUGCACUAACAGACAUUCAUACCAAAGCACGGCGAGAGCUUACCACCGAAUAGUAGAUAUUAGAGAUGGCAAAGAUAGUAACAUCAAAGCGGAACUUGGUGAAAAGGAGUCUUCCAAAACAUUUUCCGCACAGACAGACAAAUACAGAGAAGACGCCAGCCAGGCGCCCGAUGAUUCAGCUUCGACCACUGCAGGCAGAAAAGGCACAGUGGAGUCUGGAAUGGCGGCUGGUGAAGACAAAAGUAGAGCCACCGAGACGAAAAGAAUUAUUAUCAAGAUGGAGCCGGAAGAUAUCCCUACAGAUGAGAUGAAAGACUUCAACAUCAUUAAAGUUGCUGACAAAGACUGCAAUGAAUCCACGGACAAUGAUGAGUUAGAAGAUGAACCCGAAGAGCCGUUUUAUCGAUACUAUGUUGAGGAAGAUGUCGGCAUUAAAAAGAGUGGAAGGAAAACCCUAAAGCCUCGGAUGUCCGUAAGUGUGGAUGAAAGAAGUGGUUUAGAAGGUAUGAGACCCCCCACCAAUAGCAGUCCAGGGCAAGAGGAUGCUGACAAUGCCUCUUGUGAGUUGUGUGGGCUCCCAAUAACUGAGGAGGACCUGUCAUCUCAUUACUUAGCCAAACACAUCGAAAACAUCUGCGCAUGUGGUAAAUGUGGACAAAUACUUGUCAAGGGCAGACAGCUUCAGGAACAUGCUCAGAGAUGUGGAGAACCUCAGGAUCUGACAAUGAACGGGCUGGGAAAUGCCGACGAGAAGAUGGACAUGGACGAGAAUCCUGAUGAGCAGUCUGAGAUAAGAGACAUGUUUGAAAUGCUAGACGAUUUCAGGGACAAUCAUUACCAAAUAAACAGUAUCCAGAAAAAGCAGCUAUUUAAACACUCUGCUUGUCCUUUUCGGUGUCCCAAUUGUGGCCAGCGUUUCGAAACUGAAAACUUAGUGGUCGAGCAUAUGUCUAGCUGCCUAGACCAGGAUAUGUUUAAGAGUGCCAUGGAAGAAAAUGAAAGAGAUCACAGACGAAAACAUUUUUGUAAUCUGUGUGGAAAAGGAUUUUAUCAGCGCUGUCAUUUGAGAGAACACUAUACUGUUCAUACUAAGGAAAAGCAGUUUGUGUGUCAGACAUGUGGAAAGCAGUUUUUAAGAGAGCGGCAGUUGCGUCUGCACAAUGACAUGCACAAAGGCAUGGCCAGUGGUGACGUAGGGCCUUCUAAGCCUCUGGAGAAGUGGCAGAUGUGACUGUGGAGAGGACAUGGGGAAGAAUCAUUCUUCAGCAGAUAAGCUUUAAGUGCAGACCCAGGAAAGCAGAGCUGACGUGGCGCCAUCUUUUCUGUCUUCCUGACAAACGCCAUCAGCCCCCAAGUUCCAGUUACAAAGAUCCAAGGAAACUCAGUAAAGAUCACUUUGGGAUCACGUCGUAACAAAGCUGAUUCGCAGUGACUCUCCUAGUACUUACGGGAAAUCUGCUAAAGAAACGUGACUGUAAAAGUCAUGACUGAAGCCACGGUUCCCUUCUAGAAUAAAGGGCUUGCUAGGCCUCUGUAAAUGCACUAUACAGGGAAAUAAUUACAUAUUCCCAUAAACAUAUUCUAAACUCAUAACGAUCAGAAUUAUAGCUUAUAUAUUAUGAAAUGUAGUUAAGCAAUUUAAAAGGAUAUUAAAAAUAUCUGUAGAGUGUAAGUAAAAAGAAAUGGGUACAGAAAAGAAAAUCCAGGGCCAGUUCUUUAACAAGAUGAUGCGGCAUUAUGGAAAUGUAAUACUAGUCUUCCUUCCUCGCUGUGUGCCAGUCACACGCCUGCUUAUGAAUAUCAGUCAGGCUUCCUUCUAAAAGUCUCCUGAACAGAGGAGCGCUAUUCCGUAGUGGGAGAUUUCCACAAACCAUACACUGUUUUCUUCUUCAGAACUUAGCAGUACGGUCCCAUAACGUAGAAUAAAUUUUUGUUAAUCUCAGAACUUAUGUAUAGUGUUUGCUCAGCCUCAAAUUUCAAAAGAAAACUAAGUACUAAAUGAAAUGAUAAUACGUCAUGAAAAGCCUUUCCUCAGGUGAGAUUUAGUGAGAGGUUGAGUCCAGCUAUGUCUACAAACGCUUUGCUACACAUACACUCCUUAACCACACGAAUCUUAUGGCCAUAUUCUUUCCUUAUUGUGAAUAUACUUCUUUUUACCAACUAUGUGACUAAUUCCUUAUUGCUUCUUUGUGUGUGUACGUGUGAUUUAAAAUGUUCUGAUGCUUACUUUGUUUUUAUGCAAAAUUCUUCAAGUAUGUUAAUAAAGUUACACAAAAGAAUCUGUCCUUAGGAAUGAAAGCUGUGGGCGUUGCACUUUAAUCCCAGCACUUAGGAGGCAGAGGCAGGCAGAUCUCUGUAAGUUCAUGGCCAUCCUAGUGUACGUAAUGAUCUCCAUUAUAUAGCUAGCCAGGGCUAUAUAAUGAGACCUCAUCUAAAAAAAAAUUUAUUUAAAAAAAUGUAACUUAGAGGUAGUAAUAACUUAAAUCUCAUUCUGGAAACUGGCUGAAAAAUUAGAAAGAGUCCACCCUAAAGGAUAAUGGGGAUAGAGGAGAAAAGAGCAAAGAGGAGAACUUGGCCAGAGUUCAGAUUUGGAGCAGUCAUGGUGAUGUAUGCCUGCAAUCCUAGAGCUUGGGUGGGGAAGUAGGAGGAUCAAGAAAAGUUCAGUACCAGCCUUGGCUAGAGUGAAUUCAAAGCCAGCCUGGGCGACCCUGUCUCAAACAAACAGACAAAAAUAUUCCAAAUAUAUGACUGUUGCAAGACAAAAAGUCUAGACCAGUGUUAGAGAUGAAACACCACCAGGGUUUAUCUCUCUGGGGUGCAUAAGCAUACAGACCACAGGCAUCUUAAAAUACAUAGAAAAUAGAGGGAAAAAAAUACCAGUAACUAAAGGAACCUAAUCAAGAUAGAAAAGAUUCAAACAAUUUUUGACUGUUUAUUGCACUAGAUUUACCAAAGAAAAUGGCUUGACUUUGACUGUACUAAAUGCAAGUGUAACGAAAUAUAAUAACUGUAAGUGGCAUAAGUGCAUAUUAUAAUGUGAGUAAUUUCUGUACAUUAUUUUAAGUGGAAUUUUUGGAUUACGUACAGUAUUUUUGUUACGUUUUGAAAUCCAUUGCUUUUACCUAAUAAAAUU